CCCGGCCGUAGCGGCUGGUGACAGCAGCGUGGCGGGGGGGCGGGGGCCUGCCCGGGAGCCGCCGAGCGUCAGGGGUGCCGCAGGGGGAGAGCCGCUACCCACUGAUCACAGCGUCCGCUGCCCCCGCCAUGUCAGACUUCGACAGCAACCCCUUUGCUGACCCGGACCUCAACAAUCCCUUCAAGGAUCCUUCUGUUACACAAGUGACAAGAAAUAUUCCUCCAGGGCUAGAUGAGUACAAUCCUUUCUCUGAUUCAAGAACACCUCCUCCAGGAAAUGUGAAAAUGCCAAAUGUCACCAGUACCCAGCCAGCAAUAAUGAAACCAACAGAGGAGCCACCUGCUUACACACAAAUUGCAAAGGAGCAUGCCUUGGCCCAGGCAGAACUGCUAAAGCGUCAAGAAGAGCUGGAAAGAAAAGCAGCUGAACUAGAUCGCAGAGAAAGGGAAAUGCAGAGUGUCAACCAGCAGGGGGGUAGAAAAAAUAACUGGCCACCUCUUCCUGAGAAUUUCCCAGUAGGUCCUUGUUUCUACCAGGACUUUUCUGUAGACAUUCCUGUAGAAUUCCAGAAGACAGUAAAGAUCAUGUACUAUUUGUGGAUGUUCCAUACAGUGACCCUCUUCCUUAAUAUCUUUGGAUGUUUGGCCUGGUUUUAUGUUGACGCCACACGAGGGGUUGAUUUUGGAUUGAGUAUUCUCUGGUUCUUGCUUUUUACCCCUUGUUCCUUUGUCUGCUGGUACAGACCACUUUAUGGAGCUUUCAGGAGUGACAGUUCAUUCAGGUUCUUCGUAUUCUUCUUUGUAUAUAUCUGUCAAUUUGCUGUACAUGUCCUUCAAGCUGCAGGAUUUCAAAGAUGGGGAAACUGUGGGUGGAUUUCAUCCCUUACUGGUCUUAAUAAGAGUAUUCCUGUAGGCAUUAUGAUGAUAAUCAUAGCUGCACUUUUCACAGCAUCUGCUGUUAUCUCAUUAGUUAUGUUUAAAAAGGUGCAUGGGCUCUACCGCACGACCGGCGCUAGCUUUGAGAAGGCGCAGCAGGAGUUCGCAACGGGAGUGAUGUCCAACAAGACUGUGCAGACAGCUGCCGCCAACGCCGCCUCCACGGCGGCAACCAGUGCCGCUCAGAACGCCUUCAAGGGCAACCGCAUGUAGGGCACCGUAAAACAUCACCCUCGUUCUCUUUAUUUUUCCAGUCACUGAUUAUAUUCCCUAGACGCCUAGAACAAAAGUCACACAGCAUGUUUGUCUCUUCUGCAGCUGUGCAUGGGUAAAUGGGAAAUGUCUGGUUUAUUUUAUUGUCAAUUUAUUUAUUUCCAAAAGAUAACUCUUCUUUUUUUUCCCCAUCUUUUCAGAUGUUGCAUUCUAGAACUUAAAGCCUUCCGUAUUUUAUGGGGAUAAAUCAUUUCAAUAAUUGGCCUAGGCAUAAAUGUAUAAAGCAUUUGGAAGGUUUUUAAGUGUCUCACCCUGGUAUUUUUUUUAACUUCAGAAAAGCACUUUGGAUCAAUUAUUUUUCCUUGUAAGAACUGUUUUCCCUAUUUCAAACAAGAAGUGGGGUAGACUGAGAGAUGUAGAAAGUUAGGUUUCCUGCUGCUUUUGCAGUUUCAGCAGCUGCUGGAGAAUAAAUACAAGUAGAGUAGAUACUAUUAAUUCUAUACUUGGGUUCUUUUUAGGCUAAGUCUUUUGAUAUAAACCUGUAAGUUUGCAUGAACACUGCUGAGUUACCUGAUCUUGUUCAAAUAGAUAGUGUUUAGUCCAGAGGUUACCCACUCCACUUUAUAAUAAUGUUUGUUUGUUUGUUUGAUUUUGUGGAGUAUUCUCUACCCAUGAGAAAAGGCUGUGGUGUGUAAACAUUUUUGUACUGGAAUGUGAAAUGCAGUGUACAGUUGAAGGGAGGUAAAAGUGAUGGGUUUGAGUAAAAUUGAUGUUUUCAAUCGCAGAGCUAAAUGAUUAUAUAUUUGUUUUUUGGUCCUUUGGGUUUUACUUCCAAAUUUCAGUAUUUGUCUCUUGGGAUAAUAACUUUGCUGGAAAAAAACCCAGUAGUAACUCUUACAACACUAGUUUCUUGCCCCCCUUCCCUCUUCUACAUGCAGUGCUGUUUUUGUUGUGUUUGGUAUUUUGGGGGGGCUUCUGGGGUUCUUUUUAAGUGUAGAUUUGUGUUUAAAAUGGUACUAAAUCUCUAGCCUAGUCAGUUAGUCUGUUUACUACUUGUCCAAAAACUAAGAUACAGUAUUUAAUUUUCUAACAGGAAUAUUGUCUAAACCCAGGCUUUUUAAGCUAUUGCAUUCAACAGAUACUUGAAUUAAUUUUAACUGUAAUGCAGCCACCUCUGUGAUGUGAUUUAAACUGGGGAAUACAAGCUUUUUAACUAUUUUGAGUUGGAAAGGUGAGAAAUCCUCAUCUUAAACAAAGUUAAAUUUUAACUCCUGGAGGCCCAAGAGGUUGAAUUGGUGCUGUGGAACUGAACAAUCCAUAAUGAUACCAUCAUCGUGUUCUAGAACAUGGUCCGGUAACCUUUAGUAAGACAAGCAUAAAACAGUGAGGUUCCUUCAUGUUUUGAAUGUGCACCAACUCACAUUAGAGGCUUUUUCACUACACUGUAUUCAUAAUAACAGAAGAGCAUUAGGAAAAUAACCCCCCUGGCUUAUUCCUUGGAUCAGUAUUGUACUGUUGGCAUGAAGUCCCAAUUAGUUCCCUUUCUUUUUACUCAUUUACUUCAAUCUAAGUUUAAUUUGGAGAAAUUUCAGUUUCAUCUAUGCUGAAGUUCAUGUUAAUGACAAUAACUGCUCCUAAAUGUCCUCUGCAUCAUGAAGCUAAAAGCAAUUUAAGUAUUCUGUGUAAUAGGGGCUCUAGAAUGCCAUACUAGUGGACAUGCUGGCAUUGACCUUCAAUUUGUGUGGAAUGUUAUUAAAAGCUUUCCAGAUAAAGCCACGGUUUUCUAUUGAGAUCAGGCAUCGUCCUUCUAGCAGCUGCAUAUCCAGACUGUUCUUUUUUAUCGUCUUUUAAACUUGAGAAUUGUAGCUAGGAACUCUACUGUGGAUGACUUCUAAAUGUAAAUUUAAAACAGCCAUUUGGUAUCUCUUUGAUAGGAAUUCCAGGGGCAUUUCCCUUGCAAUUUAACUUAGGUUGAAGAUUGCAUACUAAUAUACAUCGCUGGAAUAUAUUAUGGAAAAAAAAAUUAGGCAUGAAACCUGAAUUUGGCAGGUAGUUUUUUCCCCCAGAUGCUUAAAGUGUCUUUGAAAAACACACAUAUUAAAUGUUCUUUGUAGAGGGGGCGUUGCUUUGUAAUGUCACGGGUUGAAUGUACCAAUUUAAACCUCCUAAGUGAAAUUCAGCAUUCAGUUACAUGUGAAUUGUAAAUUGUUUGAGCCAGAAAUCUCUGACUAGAAGGGGACGAAGAAGUUCAGAGUUUAACUUUGACAACAGAAGGCUGAUGUUUGUUAAGAUAUUUUGUACCUAAUGAAAAGUAGAUUUUACAGUCUCUUACUAAUUUAGCAGAGUAUGGCGCCCACUGGAGUUGUCAUUUUGUAGUAUUGUGGCAAACUGAGUACAAAGUAUGAAGUUUAAACACUGGAAUGUCAGUAGUCAUUGAUCUGUAAUUUAGGAGUUGGUUUUAUUUAUCUGAGGGAUGUUUGUAUAUUUUGUAAAUUACCAACAACGCUCUGCCAUCCUGGUGAAUGUCACGGUUCUGUACAAAUGCACUUCCUCUGUCCUUCUGUUGCAUGUCUCAGUAAUUCUGAAGUUUUGUAUAUUUAUUGUAUUAAUACAGUGUCAUAGAAUAAAAAAGGACUUUUUUCCUGGGUGUUUACUAUGUAUAGUUUUGACCAACAAAGGGGUAAAGAGCAGGGCAGAUGAUCUGUGCAAAAGUCUGUUGUAAUUCUGCUGAAACACAGAAACUGAAUGUCUACUAUCAAAAUGUCACAAUACUAAGAAUUCGUUUGUUCAGCUGUCAGAAAGGAAGUUCUUAAGACACUGCUGCCCACUUUCUUGUGCUGUAAAAUCAGGAGGAUUAAAAUCUAAUACCUAUAAACAGGUUCUGUCAUUACCGAAUGAAAUUCUACAGGUAUUAAGUGAAUCCUAAAACACUACUGGAAGUAAAAUUAAAUUGCUGAAAACAGCAUUGCUUUGAUAGCAUUUCUUUUCCUAAUUGACAUUUCUGUAUCACUGCUGGGGUUUCUUUGAAGGGCAAAAUUAUUUCAGCUAGGCCACUGUGGCACAGUUAUGUUUGUAAAUGUACAACGCAGCAAGCAGUGCUCUGAGGUGCAAUCGGGGUUAUUUGGAGAGGUGGCAGGCCUGAAUUUUUGAAGACAGUUGUGCAUGCAUGCAUCAUUUUGAAGUUAAAUUCUUCACCAGCUUGUUGUAGUUCUUUUCUGAUUUACAGAUCUAGAAUGGCAGUGGCAGCAGAUUAAAGGAACAGGUUUUGCACUUUGUAAAUGGUCAGCACAGUUGUGCAGUAUGAUCCAGUCGUGGUUUAUGGUUAAAAUUAUUGCACAAUUUGACUGGUUUUGUGGGGAGACAGUUCUUCUGGAUUGCUGAGGCUAGUUCUCCUCAGGAAGCUGUAAGCACAAAGUUGGGAGGGUAUGGCACACAGAGAAAACAGUAUGCAGAAGAUAACUGUGAUUAAAAGCACUCAGUGAUACUUCU